GAGGCGGUUUACUAGUCCUACAACGGUUUCAAAGUUACAUUGAGGCAGCACCAUGGUAGAACGCACGAAUGUGAACAUGUUAUUCGCCAACUUCAACCAGGAUUUCUCGUGUAUCUCCGUUGGUACACGCAAGGGUUACAGUAUCACGAACUGCGAUCCGUUUGGCCGAGUGUAUACAAUGAACGAUGGAGCUCGAGGAAUAGUCGAGAUGCUGUUUUGCACUUCUCUCAUCGCACUCGUCGGUGCGGCGGAUCAGCCUCAAUCAAGUCCACGGAAGUUGCAGAUAGUUAACACAAAGCGGCAAUCCAUGAUAUGCGAGCUUCUCUUUCCCUCGUCCAUUCUGGCUGUCAAGCUCAACCGCAAGACUCUAGUAAUAGUACUAGAAGUUGAAAUUUACAUAUAUGAUAUCUCCAAUAUGCGGCUCCUCCACGUCAUAGAGACGACAGCAAAUCCAGAAGCCAUUUGUGCACUAUCACCUUCAGCUGAAAACUCGUAUCUCGCCUACCCAUCUCCAGUCCCUUCUCCAACUUCUGUGCUAACCAAUCAGGCUUCGAAUUCCACACGGCCGCCUUCCUCUACCCAACAAUCGGGUGACGUCCUGUUGUUCUCUACACGCUCGCUGACAGUAGCCAAUGUCAUCCAAGCUCACAAGGCGCCUAUAUCUUUCCUUUCUAUCAACUCGACAGGAACACUUUUGGCAACGUCAUCGGACAAAGGCACUGUUAUUCGUGUGUGGAGUAUUCCUGGUGCAGAGAAGUUGUAUCAGUUCCGGCGGGGUACACGAGAAGCAAGGAUAUAUUCCAUCAACUUUAAUGUUGUCUCUAGCCUUUUGGCUGUCAGUUCUGCGCAUGAUACCGUUCAUAUCUUCAAGCUUGGUCCUCAAAAAGCCUCGUCGAGUAAAAGUACCCAGCAGCCAUCAAGUCCAUCUGAAUCCUUUGACAAUGAAGGCACGCAGGCAUUGGAAGGAGGUUAUGAGGCGUUCAUCGAUGAACGGAGAAAAAGUGGUGGAGUAUCUUCGAGCCUUCGUCGCAAAUCAAUGCAGAUGACGAAAAGCCUGUCGCACUCUGUGGGUGGCUAUUUACCAAACACACUGACGGAGAUGUGGGAGCCAUCGCGUGAUUUCGCAUUUCUGAGGUUGCCGACUAGCGGUGCGCAUUGUAUAGUGGCUCUGAGCGGGACACUACCACAAGUGAUGGUGAUCUCAUCUGAAGGCUACUUCUACUCAUAUAAUAUUGAUUUGGAGAACGGUGGAGAAUGUUCUCUUAUGAAGCAAUACAGGUUUGUCCUGUCAAUUCCUGCUUUUCUUGCUGACCCAUCGUCCACUGGACAGUUUACUGGAUUCUUUGGACGAAACUUCCGGUAUGAUGGAUGGUUAGAGUACCGGCCAUUAUUUGAGGGCAUUAUUUCCUUGCUUCCGCUGAGGUGUAUAAUCUACAUCACGAGUUACUGGGCACCGAGAAUUAUACAUUAUAGCGGUUACUGUACUAUUGAGAGAAUGCGUGUACACACCUUAGU